AUGGUCAAGUCAUAUCGCAAGUACGAGCAGUCGGCCACCUUUGGUCUUGUCAACACUGCCCUCUCCAACCUUGUCUGGACUCCCGAUAACCUCGUCUCGUCGUCUUCGCGCAACACUGGAGCCGGCAGAGCCUACGUUGGCGCAAACGAGCAUGUUCUAGCCUGGGAUGUCAAGAAGGGCGAGCUGGUCAGCCGCUGGCACGAUGUCGACUGCAAGUCCCAGGUCUCGGCUAUCGCCCAGUGCCUUGCCCAGCCUGAUCUCUUUGCUGUUGGUUACCAGGAUGGCAGCAUUCGAGUAUGGGAUGCUCUGUCCAACAACCCCAUCAUGACCUUCAACGGCCACCGCUCCGCUAUCACCCACCUCACUUUCGACUCCGAGGGCGCAAGACUUGCCAGUGGUGCAAAGGAUACAGACAUCAUCAUCUGGAACCUGCUUUCUGAAACCGCCGAGUUCCGUCUCCGAGGUCACAAGGACCAGAUCACCGGCCUACACUUCAUCCGUACGAGACUCUCUGGUCGUCAAUCGCCCCACACAGACGAAGCUGUCGAUGUCACUGCCUCGGGCGAGCCCGAAGAGUUUGAGGAAAAGUACCUGCUCUCCACCAGCAAGGAUGCCCUGAUCAAAAUUUGGGACCUUUCAACUCCACAAUGUAUCGAGACACAUGUCGCUCAGACAAACGGUGAAUGCUGGGCUCUCGGUGUUUCACCAGAUGGCAUGGGCUGUAUCACCGCAGGUAACGACGGCGAACUCAAGGUCUGGUCGCUUGACCUCGAGAGUUUGGCCGAUUUUGGCGCCAACAUCGCAGAGGCAAAACAGUCAAGCUCUCUGACCGCACAGGGCAUUCUUCUCCGCCAGAGCAAAGACCGAACUCUGAGUGUCGCCUUCCACCCCAAGGGCGAAUACAUUGCUGUGCACGGUUCAGAGAAGGCUGUUGAGAUCUGGCGCAUCAGAACGGAUGAGGAGGUGCAAAAGAGCUUGGCUAGAAAGAGAAAGAGAAGAAGAGAAAAGGCUGCCGCUGCCGGUGCUUCUGUCGCAGAAGCUGAGAAAGAGGACGAGAACACAACACCCGACGUGUCCGAGGUCUUCGUCUCAUAUGUUAUAGUCCGCACUGGUGGAAAGGUCAGAUCGGCCGCUUGGGCUACCAGCAGAUCCUCGAAGAACGUAGAGCUAGUCUGCUCCACCACAAACAACCAGAUCGAGUCCUACACCAUCACCGGCCGUGAGAAAUCAAAGAAGGCCACUGCUGACGCUCCCGAUUACAACCGCGCUCUGGCUGUUGACAUGCCCGGACACAGAACUGAUAUUCGCGCUCUGGCCCUGAGCUCUGACGACCGUAUGCUUGCAUCUGCUUCCGCUGGACUUCUCAAGAUUUGGAACGUAAAGACUCAGAGCUGUCUUAGAACACUCGAGUGUGGCCAGUCGCUCUGCUGCACAUUCUUGCCUGGUGACAAGAUUGUCUUGGUCGGAACAAAGACUGGAGAGCUCGAGUUGUAUGAUAUUGCCUCUUCGGCUCUGAUCGACAAAUUCCAGGCGCACGACGGUGCUGUCUGGACUCUUCAAGUUCAUCCUGAUGGAACAUCAGUCGUGACUGGAGGUGCUGACAAGGCAGCUAAAUUCUGGAAGUUCGACAUUGUUCAGGAAGAGAUCCCUGGUACCCGAAGAACAACACCUAAAUUGAAGCUUACUCAGACUCGCGUUCUCAAGGUCGCAGACGAUGUUUUGAGCGUUUGCUUCUCUCCCGACUCCCGACUCCUCGCCCUGUCAACCCUCGACAACACAGUCAAGGUCUUCUUCGUCGACACUCUAAAACUCUUCCUUACCCUUUAUGGCCACAAACUUCCCGUUCUCAAUAUCUCCAUCUCAUCAGACAGCAAACUCAUCGCCACUUGCAGUGCGGACAAGAAUGUCCGUAUCUGGGGUCUGGACUUUGGCGACUGCCACAAGGCCUUCUUCGCUCAUCAAGACAGUGUGAUGCAAGUCUUGUUCAUCCCUCACCCUGUCGAGAAGGAAGAGCAACAUCUGUUCUUCAGUGCCAGUAAAGACUCAGUCGUCAAGACCUGGGAUGGUGACAAGUUUGAGCAAAUCCAGAAGUUGGAAGGUCAUCACGGAGAAGUGUGGGCCAUGGUCGUCAGCAGGACUGGCGAAAAGGUCAUCACAGCAAGUCACGACAAGAGUAUCCGUGUCUGGGAUGUCACGGAUGAUCUUAUCUUCCUGGAAGAAGAGCGCGAGAAGGAGCUUGAACAAAUGUACGAAUCAACGCUGGCUACUCAACUUGACAAAGAUCACGCCGACGAUGAUGAGGGUGCUGAGGACGAUUUCGCAGCUGCGUCUAAGCAGACGAUAGCCACCUUGACAUACGGUGAACGUAUAUUGGAAGCUCUCGAGCUUGGCUAUGCAGACUACCAAGUUGUGCAAGCGUGGCAAGCUGAGAAGACAACAAAACCGAAUCUUGCACCGCCGCAACGAAACCCUGUAUUCACAUAUGGCAACCUGAGUGCCGAACAGCACGUUUUGCAGACCAUUCGCAAGAUUCCGAACGCCUCUCUGAACGAUGCACUCAUGGUUGUACCGUUCUCAUCCCUUCCUGUCCUUUUCAUGUUCGUUUCUGUCUUCAUACAGCGUCGUAUGCAGCCAUCACUGGCAUGGCGCGUCUUCUACUUUUUGCUACAAACACACAACUCACAGAUUGUGGCUAGCAAGCAGCUCAAGGAUGUAUUGGGCGAGGUGCUAGAAGCAUAUGGGCAGUUCGUCAAGGAGGAGAAGAACAUGCUUGGCUUCAACAUGGCCGCUCUGAAUCUGAUGGGCAGAGAGAUCAAGGAAGCACAGAGUCAUGGUAUGGAAGACGAGCAAGAAGAGGAGAAGGAGGAGAAGUUGGAAAGAGGAACCAAAAAGCGCGCAUUUGCUUCAAUUGCAUAA